AUGAAGAAAAACCCAAAGGAGUCGCUUCGUGACUAUGUAAAAAGAAUCAAAGUAGAAAAGACAAAGAUCGUUGGAUGCGACGACUCAAUAACAGGUGCAGCCUUCCAAAAAGAACUCCUAGCAGACCACCCACUAUUCGAAGAAAUGAUCAUGAAAGAAGACUUAACUUUAGCAAAUUCCUUUGCCCUGGCAGAGAAGUAUGCACUUUGGGACGAGGCUCGACAAGCAGAAAAGACGCCCAAGCAGCCUCGAAAAGAGUUAGUAGUGGCUCAAAGGAAAGAAGAUGGGAAGCAGUCCAGCAAGGAUACUUCCAAGUUAGACCACACCAAGUAUUGCGCAUUCCACCAAAGUCCUGGUCACACAACCGAUGACUAUUACACUUGGAAGAACUACCUAGAGAAGCUUGUGAAAGAAGGCAAGGUCGAUAGAUACUUGGACAAGACAACUGCACAGCCAAGAAGGAACACAAACGACGAAGAGACACUGCCUAAGACAAUUCGAAUCGAUGGUGUCUUCGUCGAGUCCGAGCACUUGGGGGCCACCAACAACUCUAAGAAGAGAAAGAUCCAACAGGCUCUAUUAGUCUCACAAGUCCAAGCAGUCAACACCCAACCUGGACCCACUGAGCAGGAUGCAGAAGGCGUCGAUUUCCUACACGACAAUGCACUAGUAGUACCUGUCCAACUAGCUAAUGUUAUAAUUGACAGAAUGAUGGUUGACAAUGGAAGUGCAGUCAACCUACUUCAGCUAUCAGUCAUUCAGAAGAUGGGCCUGGAAAACAUAAUCAUACGCCGAGCGGACGUACUCACCAGAUUCAAUGGGCACACCUCAACUGUCAUCGGUUACAUCACACUUGACGUGAAAACACCGUUAGUUGUCUUAAAGCAGACUUUCAUGAUCGUAAGCGACCUAUCUCCCUACAAUAAGAUUUUUGGGUGA